AUGGGCACCUAUGUCGAGGACUGCUUGGAGAGUAUGUACAUGCUGCCGUCCGAGAUCAAGCGUAAUUUUGACCUGAUGCGGGACUUAGACAAGACAUCCUAUCCACUUUUCGAAGACCUUAAAAGUGAGCAAAAAGCGUACUUAAUCGAAUCUCGACAAAAGGUGCUUGCACGAUGCAACGACACAACAAAAGGUGAACCUACUGAGCAAGAAUUGCGAGAACUUAUUGGCGCCAAUAAACAACUUGAGAGCUUGAAGGAAAAACAUGCUCUAGUUGUGCAGAAACUGGACGAGAAGAUUGCUAUUGCAGCUCAGAGUUACGAUAUUGUUGAUCACCAUAUUCGUCGAUUAGACAGAGAGCUGGAGAGUUAUGUAGCACUUCUUAAGGCCAAUGGUGAGUAUCAAGAAGAUAGCAGACCCCAACGCAAGAAACAGAAGAUGACUACUGCUACUACAGUACAUCAAUUGUACCACACUAAUCAGAGCCAUGCAACACCUCAUAUGGCCAAUGUUCGCAGCAAACACAAUACAGUUGCAGCUGCUAGUGCUGGUAUGAAGGACAAGUCAGCAAUAUCGGUGGUGUCAAAAGCUUUGAGUGGAGGAAGCUCAUCGUCGAGAAAGAAAACGGUUGCAGAGACUACUGUGGCGGUACCAGUUGCGACAGAUCAGGUGCUUUUGGCCUCGGAGGAUCUACCCAUUGACCCAAACGAACCUAUAUAUUGCAGUUGCCGACGUGUGUCGUUUGGGCAAAUGGUGGGCUGCGACAACGACGACUGCAAGUAUGAGUGGUUCCACUUUGGCUGUGUGGGACUCACGGACCAACCGGCAGGCAAGUGGUACUGUCACGAUUGCAAGCCUCAGCUGGGAAUCAAGUAA